AUGGAAUAUUUCAAAGUUCAUAUCGUCACCGUGAUAGAAUUAAGCCAAAAAGUGGUAAGAUGGAUGAAAAAAAAACGUGAUGAUUUCAUUGAUGAAGAAAGUGACUUUGAUGAUAUUCAUGAUGAUCAAAAUAAAACUCAAGAUCAAGUUGAUAAAUAUGAUCAAAAACAAUAUAAUAGAAGUGACGCUAUUAGAGAAGAAAUAUUUUUUUUUGCCUCAUUUGGUGAAUCAAUGUUAUCGCCUUUUAGAAGUUUGUGUGGAUUUGCCUAUGGAAUUGAUAUGUUUGGUUAUUUCCCCAUUAGAACAUUCAGAUAUAGAACACCUGAAGAAUUCAAAUCUCAGAAACAUAAUUUCAUACAUUUAAAAGGUCAAAUUAUUACUCCAACUUUGGCUAUUUAUGUUAAGAAUUCAUUAAAUUUAUUAAAAAAAUACCCAAUUGAGGUUAAAUUUUUCAAUGCCGAAAAUUUAAUUGAAACAAUUGAUAACCAAGCAAUGAUGUCUUCUCAAAGUGAAAAAAUUCUUAAUGAAUCUAUUUCACAAAUGAUUCAAUGUGAUACUAAUAUUUGUUUCGUUUCUGAUCAAAAUAAAACAAUCAUGCUACAUUAUCAAAAAAAAUGGUGA